AUGCAACUCAGUGACAAAUCACUACUACCAUUGCCUGGAGAAUUAGUAGGGUUCUCUGGGAAAAGAGUUCCCGUAUCAGGUUAUGUAUGGCUGAGAACAAUGCUAGGGGAGUUUCCAAACUCAAAAACCCUAGAUAUUCAAUUUUUAGUAGUUGAUUGUGCGAGCCCCUAUAAUGUUAUUUUGGGACAUCCGUCCCUUAACUCUUUUGGAGCCAUUAUUUCUAUAGUUCAGCUUUGUGUUAAGUUUCCUGUGCAUGAUAACAUAAUAGCAGCAGUCCAUGCAGACUACAAAGAGGCUAGGAAAUGUUACAAUGCGGGUUUGAAAGUUACCCCAAAGAAGACUGUUACAAGAAUCCAUUUUGUUCACAACUUGGAAAGCAUUCCAACCUUGGCCGAGCUAGAUCCAAGGGCCAGCAAUAGUCGUCCUGCCCCAACGGACGACCUAGAAAAGGUACAACUUGGGAAAUCAGACAAGUUUACUAACAUCGGCUCUAUUUUCUCUACAAGAACAAAACAAAAUCUUAUUGAAACAUUAAAGUCCAAAUCCAACCUAUUUGCAUGGACUCCUGCUAACAUGCCAGGGAUCGAUCCGAACUUUAUAUGCCACAAGUUAGCAGUCAAUCCUAACACCCGACCUAUAAGACAAAAGAAACGAAAUCUGGGCACAGAAAGAAGAAAUGCAGCAAUAGUAGAAACACAUAAAUUACUUGAUGCAGGUUUCAUCCGAGAACUUCGUUUCUCGUCAUGGCUAGCAAACGUGGUAAUGGUUAAGAAGAGCUCGGGAAAAGGGCGCAUGUGCGUGAACUUUACAAAUCUAAACAAAGCCUGUCCAAACGACUCAUAUCUGCUACCGAAUAUUGACAAACUGGUAGACGACACCUCAGGGUAUCAAGUGCUAAGUUUCAUGGACGCCUAUUCCGGUUACAAUCAAAUACAAAUGCACCCUGAUGACGAAGAAAAAAUAGCAUUUGUAACUGAUCAAGGUAAUUUUUGUUAUAAAGUCAUGCCUUUCAGACUAAAAAAUGCAAGAGCAACCUAUCAGAGACUAAUGGACAAGGUCUUCAAAGAUCAAAUUGGCCGGAACAUUGAGAUAUACGUUGACGACAUGGUGGUCAAGUCAAGCUUGGAACAACAACAUGAGGCCGAUCUUAAUGAGAUUUUUCAGCAACUCCGAAAGUACAAUACGAGACUAAACCCAGAAAAAUAUGCAUUUGGAGUACAUGGAGGUAAAUUCCUUGGAUUCCUACUGACAAACAGGGGGAUAGAAGCCAACCCCGACUAG